GUCCAAAGAGGGUUUUGUGCUUUUGAGUUUUCCUGGGCAGAGGUGUCUUUUGCAUCCAUCACCACUGAAUCGGUACAGCCCACACACAAGGCAAUUUGUUUUUUCCUGAUACUGUGAUCCCUGCAGCGCUGGUGACAUUUGGACUUUAAAGGCAAGAAGCAGAAUUUAAAAGAAAGCCCUCAGAUUGCAGAAAACAUCCCUUUUUGGUUGCAAAGUGACCAGCACUCGGCGUGGAGAUGGGGAACAUGGACGGGAAAUCCGUGGAGGAGCUGAGCACUACCGAGUGCCACCAGUGGUAUAAGAAGUUCAUGACGGAGUGUCCUUCUGGCCAGCUCACCCUGUAUGAGUUCAAACAGUUUUUUGGCUUGAAAAACCUGAGUCCGGCAGCGAACAAAUACGUUGAGCAAAUGUUUGAGACGUUUGACUUUAAUAAGGAUGGCUACAUAGAUUUUAUGGAGUAUGUGGCAGCUCUGAGUCUGGUCCUGAAAGGGAAGGUGGAUCAGAAGCUGCGAUGGUAUUUCAAGCUCUACGAUGUGGACGGGAACGGCUGCAUUGACCGGGGAGAAUUGCUGAACAUCAUCAAAGCUAUUCGAGCUAUCAACCGGUGCAACGAAACAAUGACGGCUGAGGAAUUCACAAACAUGGUGUUUGACAAAAUUGAUAUAAAUGGAGAUGGCGAGCUCUCCCUGGAAGAGUUCAUGGAGGGCGUGCAAAAGGAUGAAGUGCUGCUCGAGAUCCUCACCCGCAGCCUGGACCUGACACACAUCGUCCAGUUGAUCCAGAACGAUGGGAAGAACCCUCACGAGCCGGAGCAGGAGGCAGAGGCUGCCCAGUAGGCUCCCGGGACGCCUUCCCUUCGUCUCUACUUUUACCCCCUCGCAUUAUUAAAACAAAUCGGGUCGUGGUUGUGGGAGCUGGUGAGCUGUCCCAGCGCUAGUGUGACCAGCGAUAGACUAUCCCGCUAGCGCAGGGACCGGGAUCUGCUCCGAAGGUGCCGCUCCCCCGGCAGAUGGUUCGGGGGAGCCCGGGGCUCACCGGGCACUGCCCUGGUGAGAGGAAGGGCUGCUGUGAAGAGGGGGUGCUGCCAUGGCAGCUCGUCACACUGGAGGCACACGACCACCCCCAGGACUGCCAACGGGGCCACGGGGCCCUUCGCUCUGCGGGGGCCUCUGGAUGUUGCUGCUGAGCAGAGAGGGGGUAGACUCUCGCCUCCCCGGGAAGGGGGAGCGGCACCACACGAUGCAGUUAGGUAACGCACCAACAGAGCCUCAAAAUUCCCACCGAGGCAGUGGCCAACACCAGCAUCUGCAGCCGCUGCGGGGGACGAACCCCAGGGCUGCCCGGCACUUGGCCCCGGUGAGGGAAGUCCCCAAAGGACACACGUACAAAACCUAGAAAGCAGACCUGAACCUUCUCUUUCCGUAUGUAUUUCCAGAGCACGAGAUCAGUGGGUUUGGUCAUUUGUUCUUUGAUUUGUUAUUAUUCUGUUAGCAAUCACUAGUGAUAAUGUAAGACAAAAACAUCUAUGAGCUAGAAAAAGGGGAGCGGUGAAUGCAGUGGCUUUUCUUUGUUUAAAAGCAUUAAAAACAUAGAACGGUGCCUUUUUUGAACAACUAUCUGAACUUUAAGGGCAUGUUUCUCCUUGAAAUGUCUGGAAGGGCUGCAAUGGCAGUAACCUGAGAGGGAAAAGUCUUGCAUGUUUGUAGGAAUAUUCCUGCAUGUCUUAUCACCUCUACAACAAACUUAAACUCUCCUGCAAGUUACACUCUGUGGCACCCUCGAGCAUCAGGUGGUUUUAACUACAACGGCAGCGAAUCGUCUGCAUGCAGUUCGGAGGGGUGUGCUGCUAGAGACAGGCUAGACGCAGUGUCCGCGCCACGAGCAUCCGCAAGUACCCGAGUAUUCCUGAGCAGGCAGUGGGUACCAUCACCUCCACAGUACAGUGGGCUCAAGUACUGCCCCCUGUGGAAUAAAACCCAGUCACCCCUUAUUAGAGCAUCCUGGGCACAGCAACCUCGUCAGCCGGUGCUAAUUACCAGUGCCACGAGAGGGGCUGUACCCAGGACCGAGCACACGCACAAGGGAGGCUGCGAGAGCAGCGGCCUCGCCCCCGCACCGUCCGCCGUCCCCGUGCCGAGCCGGGGCUGCGCCUUGGCUGCUCCUGGAGAGGAGUUUCCUCAUCUGAUGGGAGCAAGUUUCAGGUGUGGCGAGGCAAUACAGGACACCAGGAAGGAUUUCUUGCCUAGCUGAAAGACUUGUUAUUUAGCACUGAAUGCUUGCAAUUCAUAAGCAACUUUCUGACCAUUUUUCCUAGCAUCUUUUUCACUUGACAGUGUUUUACCUGCAAGCUUUUGUACUUCCAAUCUUAUAGUGAACUAAUAAAGAUAUUUUACAAGAUUA